UGUGUUGGGAGUCCUAAGAGGACCAAAUCCUUUCCUAUCUAGGUAUCGCCAUCACCAUUCUUCCAAUCUUGACGGCGGCCAGCUUAGUUUGCUGAACUACCUACCUCACUCACUCUCACUCACUAUUUGUCUACAACUUCAAAAUAGGUAAAUAGUUGUGGGAACAGUUGCCCACUUGCCCUGGUACUGGUUGGGUAACUGUGUGGGUUUCUUCUUAACUUGUACUUGUAACUAGGAGCUUCUCAUCGAGAGAGCAGAUGAAGAGAUUUUAGGGCAAUGACAUCAGAACUUAAAGAAACUAGUUAGAUACUUGUGGGAACAGUUGCCCACUUGCCCUGGUACUGGUUAGGUAACUUUGUGGGUUUCUUCUUUAACUUGUAACUAGGAGUUUCUCCUCAAUGAGCAGAUGAAGAGAUUUUAGGGCAAUGGCAUCAGAACUUAAAGAAACUAGUUAGCAGGUGGGGAGCUUGAAUUUAGUGAUAUCCUAGUCUAGAAGUUGACUUCAUGCCAUGUGCAUUUGGUUGACAUAGCCCAUAUCUCAAUACCCAAUAGAAAGGAACAUGGAUUUCAUGAGGGUCUUGGUGCUGAUAUGCCCUGCAAUUUGCAAACCAUAUUUGGUUCUUCAACCCCUUUGGUAGGAAGGACCCAUUUAUAGUUUCUGAACAAUUCACAAGGUUUGUGUUGGCCAAAUGGGCAGUAGAUUCAUUGAUGAAGGUGAAUGUUUCUGUACCCUCUUGGAGAUUUCAUAGUGGAAUUGUAGAGUUCAGAUUACAGAAAGCUAUAGCCUUUGCCAUAUAUGAGCACAGGCUCCCCUUUUCUGUUUACUUUUGCUUCCUUUUGUGGUACUCUUGUACUGCCGCUACAAUAUUGGGAACGUGCCUGACAUAACAGUAUUCAGCCUUUAUAGUUCUAAACAACAAUAUCCAGUGAGCCAAGAGGGGCAUUUGCAUUUAUCAAAAGAGGUACCAGAAGCCUGAAAAGUUUUACUUAUGAGAGGAUUCAACAUUAUAUAAUGAAACAGAAGCCUGGAAUCCAACAAGGAGGAAGUGGGCUGAUUGUUUUUCCGAGAUGGAGCUUAUUCCCCGAAUAGGGCAGAUUUUCGUUUAUUGCCUUGCACUGUUGCUGUAUUCCACUGCAAUCCUUGUGUCGAUUCAAGAUACAAGUUAUGAUUUGUACACAGAUGUGUCUGGACGGAUUGCAAUCAGAGGAACCACCACAACUCAAUUACAUCGGAAGAGCAGAGUAGAGAUAGAGAUUAGGAGGAGGAAGCUAAGCGGACCGGGAUCAUGGCCGCCCACAUGCAUCUCCAAAUGUGGAAAAUGUACGCCAUGUAAGGCUGUUCGAGUGCCUGUAAAACCAGGAACUCCGAGAGUUGAACCGGCAGAAUACUAUCCUGAAGCCUGGAGAUGCAAAUGUCAGAACAAAUUAUACAUGCCUUAACAGAUCUAUCUCCGUCAAACAUUGGAAAUGAUGCCUUGUGUGUUUGAAAAUGAGAGUUGAACCGGCAGAAUACUAUCCUGAAGCCUGGAGAUGCAAAUGUCAGAACAAAUUAUACAUGCCUUAACAGAUCUAUCUCCGUCAAAGUUUGAGAGACUGUAACGUGGGGUAAUCCGUAAUCCUCACUGUAAUUCAAAUAUGAUACCUUAAAUUUGAUGUUCAGAUCACCAUAUAUAGAUCUAUAUAUGUAUUUUUUAUUUGGGACAUCGAAA